CCUAAGCAGCUGAUUCCAUUCGCAAUGAAAACUAAGCAAAUCAAAACAAAGAUGGAAAAAAUCGGAACAUUCCACAGCUCGAAUAGAAAACACGCAUUCUGACAUGUUUUUUACGAAAUUAAGUUAUAUUUGGCAAACACGAUUCUUAAUUUAAAGACAACCGGGUGUACGAUUAAAAAGGCGUAGAAAAUUUGCGUGGUAAAACUAAUGAGGAAAUCGCAAAAGUGAGCGGUCCAUUGCUUUCUUUCUAGAUCACUAGAUAACUAGAAGUGCAGACUAAUCGCUCCAGCUGCCGCAGCGAAUCAGACCAAAGCCCAAAGGUAUUCGAGGCUGUGAUGGCGGAGGAGAGAAGCGAAUUCCUAGAAGCGUAUGCUGGCAUCAAAACAGCCUACAAAGCUGCCAUGACUCAGGUGGACCUGGCCGUAAGUCACGAGGAGCAGGAUUCCCCAUCCCAAGCCAUUGAGGCCUACGAGCUGGCUCUUCGUAUGAUAGAGAACACCUUUGGAAUUCUAGUAGGUCUUCCUAAUGAGAUCGACACCGUGCAGGCGGAGUGGAACGAUGCCUGUGCGCUGAUCCAAAAGCUCAAAAGCGCCGAAACGGAAUUGAGAUAUCGUCUUAAGGUUCUGCGAUCCCAGAACCAGUCCAUUGAUGAUACAGCCAUGGAGGCUAGAGAGGAAAAUCGAAUUGAGUUGGGAGCAAAAAGCGUGUUGCUGUUGGAAAAUCCGACCACGUUUUAUGACAUAGCCAAUGCUAGUGGAACACCAAAAACCUACAGGCAGCUGGCUGCCGGGUUGCGGGAGCUCUUAGCUGUUCCGAACUCCCAUGUCUCGCUGGAUGAGCUCUUCCGUGCGCAGGUAAAAUUGUACCGGGUCGAAGCUAGUGGAACUGUUACCUCCAUGAGCGGUUCGUCCACUAUGUCAUUGGUAAUGUGUACUGUGGGUGGCAAAUGGAAGUACGUCAGUGGAAUCUACUACAUACAGUGCUCCGUAUCAACUGAAGGGGCUGCAGGGAUUUGGCUCUACCCCCUGGUUCCCUCAAUUACAAACUGCUACCGAACAGAUUACGGAGCCUUUAUUUUUCCGGAUAUGGAGUGCCAGCAGCCGGGAAAUGCGUUUGGUUUGAUGCUAACGAAAGAGGGCCAGACCUUGCACUCGGAGAUGGAACUAGAGGACCUUCAGCAGUUCUUCCUUGAUUUAUUGGAGGCCGUACUCGCUGGAACGGUGGAGCAGCUAAAAUCUCCGACCUCCCAACGUGCUGGCCUUGCUUCAGAUACCGUUUCCGGGUCAGAGCUCGUGUCUAGACACAUUGUGAGUGCGGCUGAUUUCAUUGCUAGUAAUCUGGUAAGGGGAGCCGAGAAGACGGGAGGGUUUAUGCUUACGAGCACUCCGUAUCUAAUUUCCAAGAUGACGCCAGCCUCGGUAGAUGCUCAGGUGCCCAGCUCUGUCCAAACUUCAGUUGAGGUGGCCCAAAAAGUGACGCAUGCAGCAGCCGGAAUGACAGGAUGGAUUGCUGGAAAGGUUGGCACUGCCUCAAUAGCAGUCGGUCGCUACCUGGCUCCUCAUAUUCAGGAGCAAGGCUCUAAAUUGCUGCAGAAGGGAUUUGGCUACGACAGCAGCGAGGCUAAUAGCACCAUGGAGGGCGCCAUGACCAUCGCGGCAGGUGCCGUGGAAGGAGUCAGUACCGUAUUCGAUGGCCUCGAAACUUCAGCCAAGAUCCUGGGUUCCAGUCUUAGUGAAAACUCCGUCAAGAUAAUCGAACACAAAUAUGGUCUGCAGACGGGAAAUCUGGCUAGUGGCACCUUUGACACGGUGGGCAACGUUUUCGUGGUCAGUCAGAACGUGAACUACAUUACUCCGAAGGGCAUUGCCAAGAAAAUGGUCAAACGAACCGGUGAAGCCGUGGUUAGCGACUAUAAACGAGACUUACGAAAAUCGAAAUCUCAUUUUAUUAAUGCCGGAGCUCUUUAUCCGGAUCUCCGGACUUUAAAAGAAUAGCGCGAAUUGCUAUAUAUUAUAAUCGUUAUUAUUAAACUAUUGAUAUGUCACUUAUAGCUUUUUAUUAGAGGUCCUCCCCAUUUUGUUAAAAGAAAAUAUUAUAAUUUUAAAAAAACGGAUAACUAACUUCUAAACCACAGAAGGCAAUAACUUAUUUGACGACAUACCGCAGAUUACAAAAUAUUGAAAAGAAAAACAUGUAAUAAGUAGAAUUUCUUCAUUUCUUAAGUUUGAUUUUCUAAAAACAAAUAAAUCAAUUUAAACACGUUUCCCGUAGAUUGGAAGCAUAUACUAGAUUCGAUAGAAAGUAUGUAUAAAAUAGAAUAAAUAUAUAUUCUUGCUCAAUCUUUAGUAUAUUUUUUUGCAAUUUAUUCGAUUUCCUUUUGUCUUUCCAAAUUAUAAAUAGUAAACUAGCACUCUAACAGCUAAGUAAGAGGUAUCCGAUAGUCGAGAAAAUCAACUAUAGCGUUCUCCCUUUUUAUUAAAUUAUAAUGUACAAACUUUUGUUAUAUAAGGGUUUGUUAUGUAAAAUUAACCUUCACUUAUUUAGAACCACUAACUCUAUUUUAGCAAAGAAUUUCAUAUGACCGCAUUCAAACGCUAUUAUGGCGUUAGAAUUAUUAAAUUAAAUUAUGUAUGUACAUAAGUCACUUUAGUUUUACGGCUCAAUGAAAACCGCACGGAAAAACUACAAUAAUAAGAGUUUUAUGUUGAGUCUUAUGUUGUUGAAAAGGAAAUUAA